CGUGUGUGUGUGCAGGUUCUCUUUAUAAGCGCAGCUCCAGAGCACAGCUUCCACAGAGCAGAGUGCUCCCAUAGUUAUCAGGUCUGCAGAAGCUCCAGCACCGUGCCUGGUUCAAGGUUGGGCUUUUAUCUCACAGCAAGCAAACAUUUCGUCUCUGCACACGUUUCAGCUGCGGAUGCGCGCAAGAAGUGCGGAUGGUUAUGUGUGUAAACUGCCGCACCGUCGCUCGACUUUGCCCCAUGUGCACAGAGAGCUGAGCGUAACAGGACCGAAGCGGCUGCCCAACCCGUUCAGGUUUGAAAAGGAGUCAGGACACCUACUGGACCAGUCAAGCACAGCACUAAUGCCUUCCAACAAGUAUUCUGGUGCUAUCUUAGAGGAGAGCAGCAACGUGACUGCCACUGCCACAGCAGCAGUGAAUGGAGCCACGCCACUUGUUGCAGAAAGCCCAAUGGAGAACGACAGCGGCGUUGAGUUGAUCAAUGACAACAGCCCCAUGACUGCAGCUGAACCGCCCUCUCCCUUCAGCCCCAAACUGAACGGAGGUGCUGCCUCACCCCCAGAUGGUAACCAAUGUAUGAGAGGAAGCAGGAAGAGGGGCAGGAAGAAGACUGAGGAGGAGGAACGGGAUUGGGACUCCUACAGCGAUAAAAAGCCUUCAGGAAAGUCUCCGUUGGGUUUGAGACAGAGGCCAAGACCAAGAACCAUCUACCAGGCUGGCCUUACGGCACACCCUAACACGAAACCUCGCAGGCAGAACCGCAAACAGGAGCAAAGCAUAACAAUGUGUGCCGCUGAUCCUCGCAGAGCCCCUGUUGUGUCCAGAGAGACUCCACAGGCUCCUUGUUUGGAAUUAAUGGAACAAGACUCCAAAGACUCAGCUCAGAGCACCAGCACCACAUCCAGCUCCGAAGUCCAACCGGAAUACAACGACCACAAAGGUUUUGGAAUCGGCCAGUUGGUCUGGGGGAAAAUCAAGGGCUUCUCCUGGUGGCCUGGCAUAGUGGUGACAUGGCGGGCCACAGGGAAACGGCAGGCCAGCCAUGGCAUGAGGUGGCUGCAGUGGUUCGGAGAUGGCAAGUUUUCUGAGGUUUCAGCAGAUAAACUGGACUCUCUCACAGCGUUCCCUAAAUUCUUCAGUCAGGCUUCCUACACCAAGCUGGCCUCCUACAGAAAGGCCAUCUUUCAGGCAGUAGAGAUGGCCAGUGUCAGGGCGGAGAAGACGUUUCCACCCUGUGAGACGGACAAUCCUGAGGACCAGAUCAAACCCAUGCUGGAAUGGGCCAACGGUGGAUUCCAGCCCAAAGGGGAAGAAGGACUCAAACCCCCAUCCAAUGCCAACGGUAACCCUCUGGACCAUCAGAUCCUCAAUGUUUCCCUGCCAGAAUAUUUCCCAAGCGCAAAGCGACCCAAAGUCAGCCCCUCCAAGACCAAGGCUGCGCCCGAAGAGCCCUGUAGCAGAGAACAAAUGGUGAAUGAAGUACAAAAAAAGAAAAGAAGUAUAGAAGAGUUCUGUCUCUCGUGUGGAAAGAUGAGAGCAGCAACCUUCCACCCGCUGUUUGAAGGAGGCCUGUGCCAAACUUGUAAGGACGUGUUCCUGGAGAUUUCCUACAUGUACGACGAUGAUGGUUACCAGUCCUACUGCACAGUCUGCUGCGGAGGCCGAGAGGUUCUGCUCUGCGGCAACGCCAACUGCUGCAGGUGUUUCUGUGUGGACUGCCUGGACAUCCUGGUGGACCCAGGAGCCUCUAACAGCGCCCGGUACCAAGACCCUUGGUGCUGCUACAUGUGCCAGCCGCUGCUGCAAUACGGCGUCCUGAAACGGCGGCACGACUGGAGCCUGAAGCUGCAGGAGUUCUUCGCUAACGACAACGGGCAGGAGUUUGAAAAAACAAAGAUUUACCCAGCAGUCCCUGCAGAGCAGCGAAGACCAAUCAGAGUCCUCUCUCUGUUUGACGGCAUUGCUACUGGCUACCUGGUUCUGAGGGAUCUGGGUUUUAAGGUGGACCAGUACGUGGCGUCCGAGGUGUGUGAGGACUCCAUUUCUGUGGGUGUGGUCCGACAUGCAGGAAAGAUCCAGUACGUCCAUGAUGUCAGGAACAUCACUAAAAAAAAUAUUCAGGAGUGGGGUCCAUUUGACUUGGUGAUUGGAGGAAGUCCCUGCAAUGACCUCUCCAUUGUGAAUCCUGCUAGAAAAGGCCUGUAUGAAGGCACAGGGAGGCUGUUCUUUGAGUUUUACCGUCUGUUGAGCGAAGCCAAGCCUAAAACCGGAGAAGACCGUCCAUUCUUCUGGAUGUUUGAGAAUGUGGUGGCCAUGGGCGUCAAUGACAAGAGGGACAUCUCCAGGUUCCUGGAGUGUAACCCUGUAAUGAUUGAUGCUAUCGAGGUCUCUGCUGCCCAUCGCGCCAGAUAUUUCUGGGGGAACCUGCCAGGCAUGAAAAGGCCUCUUUGUGCCUCGGGGAUGGACAAGCUGGAGCUGCAGGAUUGUCUGGACCACGGACGAGUUGCAAAGUUUGGAAAGGUGCGAACGAUCACUACUCGCUCCAACUCUAUCAAACAGGGAAAAGAUCAGCACUUCCCAGUCUUGAUGAAUGGGAAAGAGGACGUCCUGUGGUGCACAGAGCUGGAGAGGAUUUUUGGAUUCCCUGUGCACUACACGGACGUGUCCAACAUGGGCCGCGGUGCCAGGCAGAGACUCCUGGGUCGGUCAUGGAGCGUCCCUGUCAUCAGGCACCUGUUUGCACCACUCAAAGAUUACUUUGCCUGUGAAUAGACCAGAUGGAGGGAUUCCACUCUGGAAUACGCAGCAGGACUUUUAUUUGACUUAUUGCCCUUUAAAAAAAAAAAAAAAUUGACCAGAAGCGGUUUCACUCUAU